UAUUUAACUUUACUUUCCUCUUCUUUUCUUCUCCGUCUCUCGAUCAAAAAUGGAUUCUUUGGCUCUGUUCUGUACGGCGGGUCUCCUGUUCGGCGGCCUCUACUGGUUCAUCUGCAUCUUGGGAUCGGCAGAGCAGAAGGGCAAGCGAGCGGUGGACCUCACCGGAGGCUCAAUCUCACGGGAAAAAGUCCAGGACAAGUACAAGCAGUACUGGACCUUCUUCCGCCGACCUAAAGAGAUCGAGACGGCGGAGAAAGUCCCAGCCUUCGUCGAUACGUUCUACAAUCUGGUGACUGACAUCUACGAAUGGGGUUGGGGACAAUCCUUCCACUUUUCACCUUCCAUUCCCGGCAAAUCUCACAAAGAUGCCACUCGCCUCCACGAAGAGAUGGCCGUCGAUCUGCUCAACGUUAAGCCAGGAGACCGGAUCCUCGAUGCUGGAUGCGGAGUCGGUGGUCCUAUGCGUGCCAUCGCCGCCCAUUCACGUGCCAAUGUGGUGGGCAUCACCAUCAACGAGUAUCAGGUGAAGCGUGCUCGGAUGCACAACAAGAAAGCCGGUCUCGAUUCGCUCUGCGAGGUCGUCUGCGGAAACUUCCUCGAAAUGCCUUUCCCUGACAACAGCUUCGACGGUGCCUACUCGAUCGAAGCUACCUGCCAUGCUCCCAAGCUUGAGGAGGUCUACGCAGAGAUCUACAGGGUGUUGAAGCCUGGAUCAAUGUACGUGUCUUACGAGUGGGUCACGACCGAUAGGUACAGGGCGGAGGACCCGGAGCAGGUGGAGAUUAUUCAUGGGAUUGAGAGAGGUGAUGCAUUGCCUGGAUUGAGGAGGUACGAUGAGGUUGCAGACACUGCGAGGAAGGUUGGAUUCGAAGUUGUGAAGGAGAAGGAUCUGGCGAAACCCCCUUCAAAACCAUGGUGGCAGAGGUUGAAGAUGGGAAGGAUUGCUUACUGGAGAAACCAUAUCUUGGUGAUUCUGCUAUCUUGGAUUGGGAUCGCACCUAAGGGUGUUGUCGAUGUCCAUGAGAUGCUAUUCGUGACCGCCGAUUACCUCGCCAGAGGUGGGGAGACGGGGAUUUUCACUCCGAUGCACAUGAUCCUCUGCAGGAAGCCGGAAUCCUCCCCUUCCUCCUCUUAGUGUUUUGUUUGCUUAGAUUAUCAAAUCAAAUUCCAAUCUUGAAGUUUCAAAGGGGGAUUGGGAUUAUUGCACACGGAGGUACCCCUGCCCUCUCUCUUCUGUUACUUUCUUCUUCGCCCCUCCCCCUUUUUAUGUUAAUUUGUUUCUUUUUCAUUAUUAUCAUCUUCAGUGUAGUUGUUCUUCUUUUGGUUAAUUUUCUGGUUGGAUUUCUUCUUGU